AUGUCGUUAAUAUUUGCGAACGUGGAAUCUCAGUUUACUAAAGACAAGGAUUUGAAAAAAGAUGACGUAAAGGCACUGAUAGAUUGGGCAAGUAAACAACCACAUUUUCCAAACCUAACUGAACUACAAGCAAUUAUGUUCCUACACAGCUGCUAUUAUCGAAAUGAAAUUGCCAAAACCACUAUUGACACUUUCUUCACUUUAAGAACCCGAUAUUCUGACAUGUUUAAAAAUAGAAACCCGUCUUCUGCUUCGAUGCAAAAAAUCAUCAAUCACAUGUUGGUCACUGUCCUUCCUGGAAAAACGCCAGAAAAUUAUGCAAUCAUUUUUAUGAAAUUUCUAGAAAAUAACUCCGAAAAUUAUAAUUUUCUAGAAGAACUCAAAUACGCAGAUAUGGUUUGCAUGUUACAUUUAUACCAGGAGGGACUCUCAAAUGGUUUUCUACUGGUAGCCGACUGUGAAGAAUUAAGUUUUGGUCAUUUGUUAAAGCACAAUCCAAUACUUAUCAAAAAAUUCGCGUACUAUUUACAAGAAGCUAUGCCCAUAAGAUUGAAAGGAAUGCAUUUUUUUAAUCCUCCACCAUUUAUGGACAAACUUUUGGCCUUGUUAAAACCGUUUUUAAAAAACGAGUUACUGAAUUCCCUACAUGUUCACAACACUCUCGAAAGUUUAACGAAGUUUGUCCCUCUUGAAUGUUUACCGAAAGAUUAUGGUGGAGCAGAAGAAACCGUUUCUGUUUUGCACGAAACCAUAAAAAGUAGAUUAGUCGAACACAGUAACUAUUUUGACUGGGAAGAAACAUUAAUUGUUGAUGAAAGCAAAAGGUUGAAAGAAUUCGAAAUGGAUGAUAUUUACGGCAUCGAUGGUUUGUCACCAAUCGCACAUGUGUCGGAUAUCAUGGGCACAUGUCUAGGAAGUUUGAGACGAGAUCCCACAGGACACCAAAAACCAUCUUCUUUCAAACAUUCCUCGGCGAGUGCAUUAGAAAUCAAAGUGGACCCACACAUUACUGAAUAA